GCAGCUUCGACGCCGCUCACCCAUCAUUCAUGCCUCUGCCGCCGGUCCCUGUUCAACAGAUUUGCUCGCAUUGAUUAACAACAACGAAGGGCAGCAGCACCGGGGGCAAGGCAGCGUGAUCCAUAUUGUCUGUCCGUGAGGUGUCCGUCGUGCUUCCAUCCAUUUCGCAACCAAGCAGUGAGUGGAGUGAGCGGUGCUCCUCGGUACAUAGCGCGGCCUCUCUGUGCUUGUUCCCGUCUUCCAUCUCUUUGUGAAGACCGUGAUUCCUUCCAGCCUCUCCGCUGUCCCGCUGCUUCACGCAACCCAACAAUCCCUCCCAGAAACCCCAAAAAAAGAAAAUCAUUCAACACCGUGUCUCAUUGCCCGUUCCCGCUCGACAUCGUCCCCUUCCCUCCAAUUUGUGUCGUCAGCCACCAGAGCACAUAGGCUUCUUCACAUUAUCAGUGAACUCGCAAUACUCCGAGCUCCGUUUGAGGCGUGCUUUGGCUCCAGCUGCUUUGUCUUUAAUCAUUUGUAUCGUCGAUCUCGCUUCGCCCUCGCGGCCCUCGCAAACGUCAAGAACAACCCCUGCGUCCACCGUCCACCUUGUUGUGGAGCGACCGAUCCGACUCCCGACCACCGACCAGGGCACACCACCGACCGCCUGCCGGACCCAGAACGACAACACCGGGGCGCCCUCCGAGUCGACUUCCCCGGCAUUCCACCACAACAAUCAUCGCCACCACCACUUUGCGGCAUCAUCCAAAAGCGCCCGGCCUCUCUGUUGUACAUCGCGGUUGACGGCAGAUCGCUUCGCGUCCCUCAGCAGCCAUGGGCGCUUCCUGUUCCUCGUGCUGCGGAGGCAAAUCCCGCGACGGUUUGUAUGAUAACGUCCUCGCCGACAGCGAGCGGGAGGCUGUUGCCGACCUCCUCCAAUAUCUCGAAAAUCGCGGAGAGACCGACUUCUUCUCCGGAGAGCCCCUACGCGCCCUGAGCACUCUCGUCUACUCGGAGAACAUUGAUCUUCAACGGAGUGCAAGUCUGACGUUUGCUGAAAUCACCGAGCGAGAUGUGCGGGCAGUUGACCGGGAUACUCUUGAACCCAUCCUCUUCCUUCUCCAAAACUCCGAUAUCGAGGUACAAAGGGCAGCCAGCGCGGCGCUGGGGAACCUUGCUGUAAACACCGACAACAAGGUCCUGAUAGUCCAGCUCGGUGGUCUGGCCCCCCUUAUCCGUCAAAUGAUGUCGCCCAACGUCGAAGUUCAGUGUAACGCUGUUGGGUGUAUCACUAACUUGGCCACGCACGAGGACAACAAGGCCAAGAUUGCACGUUCCGGGGCUCUAGGACCAUUGACACGACUCGCCAAAUCUAGGGACAUGAGAGUUCAACGCAAUGCUACUGGCGCUCUCCUAAACAUGACACACUCUGAUGAAAAUCGCCAACAACUGGUCAAUGCAGGCGCGAUCCCUGUGUUGGUUCAGUUACUGUCUUCCACCGAUGUCGACGUCCAGUAUUAUUGCACUACUGCCCUCAGCAACAUUGCCGUCGACGCCAAUAACAGGCGGAAGCUUGCGCAGACCGAGCCUCGGCUUGUUCAGUCUCUUGUCAACUUGAUGGACUCCUCUUCACCCAAGGUUCAAUGCCAGGCCGCCUUGGCACUCCGGAAUCUCGCCUCGGACGAAAAGUACCAGUUGGAAAUCGUUCGCGCCAGCGGUCUCGGUCCUCUUCUCCGUCUUCUUCAGUCGUCUUAUCUACCGCUCAUUUUGUCGGCUGUUGCCUGCAUUCGAAACAUCUCAAUCCACCCAAUGAACGAGUCUCCCAUCAUCGAGGCAGGAUUUUUGAAACCAUUGGUUGACCUCUUAGGGUCGACCGAUAACGAGGAGAUCCAGUGUCAUGCUAUCUCAACCCUCAGAAACUUGGCAGCGAGCUCGGACAGGAACAAGGCGUUGGUGCUUGAGGCUGGCGCUGUACAGAAGUGCAAGCAGUUGGUGCUUGAGGUUCCAGUGACGGUACAGUCGGAGAUGACGGCAGCCAUUGCCGUUCUGGCGCUGAGUGAUGAACUGAAGACAAAUCUUUUGGAGCUCGGUGUGUUUGAGGUUUUGAUUCCUCUUACCAAGUCACCUAGCAUCGAGGUUCAAGGAAACAGUGCUGCGGCUCUGGGUAACCUGUCAUCUAAAGUGGGCGACUACAGUGUUUUCAUUCACAACUGGAACGAGCCAAGCGAUGGCAUCCACGGCUACUUGAGCAGAUUCCUCGCUAGCGGCGACGCCACUUUUCAACAUAUUGCGAUCUGGACACUGCUGCAGCUCCUCGAAUCUGAAGACAAGAAGCUUAUUGGGCUGAUUGGAAAAUCGAACGACAUUGUGGAUAUGAUUAGACAGAUUGCGAACCGCCAGAUUGAGUCGGAUAACGAACUGGAGGACGAUGACGAGGGUGAAGUGGUCAGCCUUGCACAGCGGUGCUUGGAGCUCCUCGGCCAGGGAAAUGCCAAAGCCCACAUCGAGGGUUAAAUGGGAGAGGUUGAUGGUUAUAUUUCUUCUCAACCCUCCUCAAUUUGCUGGCAUCUUUCAUCUUGCUUUCGACUGGCUUGAGGUACUUCGCAUAGGAUUGGCGUGGAGUUUGCGGCGCAGCAUUGUUCAGUAAUGGAUUGAUUACAUGGGAGGGAAGCCGUGGGGUUUUGUAUUUGCAGGGAGCGAUCAUUCGAAGGGGUGACAAUUAUGGCCAAAUAGGAGAGGCUGACGGACAUGAAGGGUUGCGUGCGUUAUGUCUGCGUAUCUCGACCUGGGUUAUUUUCUUUUGUAUCGAUAACGAAAACCGUGCCGUGGUUCCGGCUGUUCGGCGUGGAUGAUCAGCCUGCAGACCUAAUCUAUAUAGUUCGCCAGAACACCAUCCCCCCUCUUUGCUUGUGGGUUUCACCUUGUUUCGUUUGGUGUUAUUCAAACAGAUGAGGUAGCGUUUUCGUAGGCAUAUCCGGCACUGGUCUCGGUUCGAGUGUGAAUAUGUAGCUUAUCAGCCCUUGAGAGUACUAUAGGAUAUUAGUUUCCUGACUUUUCAGCUCAAAUGAAGUAGAAGC